CCUCCUCUGAUUCCUACCUGGGACUUUGGGUGUGCUCAUUAGCCAAUAGGAUUCAGGCAUCAAAGCAGUAGUCAGGGGGAAUACGGGGAAGUAAGUGACACUUUAUAAUAGAUCCUUCUGUUGCAUGAAUAAAGGACUCAACUAAAACUAAAACAGUUACCACCUUAAAUGUUGGUACAGUGGAAGAGAACAAGACUAUUGGUGCUUUUCCACCAAAAGUUCCAGGAACUUCAAUUUCCCCGGAGCUAAAAGGGCCAAAGCCCCCGUUGCCCUCGUGACUUCAUUUGUAUUCAAUAUACAAUCAUUCAAGCUCCCGCUGAAUGUUGCUCUCUGAGAAAAUGGACGACAAAGCUCUGGCCUUUGCUUCGUUCUGUCUGACGUAACAUGUCUUGUGGAUGCUCCAUCCUGAUUGUUGUCAGAGCAAACAACAAGCAAAACAACUUGUUUGCAGUUGCAGAUUUUAAAAAAUGGUAUAUAAGAAACUCUAGAAUACUCGACCAAUCAGCGAACUUCAACGUUCCUAAGAAACUACAACCCCAUGAGCAGGGACUUUUUGGGGUAAAACUAUCUGCCCAGAACUUAAUUGAGACCCUGGUUCCUCCGGAGGAAAUGCAGGUAGGGGGACCGAGUUCCUCAAAAGGCUGCGGUUCCCUGGGGAAAUUUCCUACGGUAUCAACACGACCCAUGGGGAACAAGGGGGCCACAACAGGACAUUUUAGAGGAAAAGAGGAAUAAUUUACACUCAAAAUAUUUUUGUAAACACUUGGCACCUGCAGGUACGGUACUGGGAAACAAAACUGAAGAGAAGGAUGGAGCCUUAAGGUGCACCACAUGUGACUGUGGUAGAGUUUGAAAGAUGCUCGGCAGGAUGAACACCCUUCUGGGUUACACUGAUAGCGAAAUAUUUAAUGAACUUCUGAAACUGACCGAAAGCAGCUGGUUGAAAAUCAGCGCGUCACCCUUCAGCCCUGGUGAGCUUGUAAUGUCUGAGGAGAACAAGAUACAGGGAAAUUGCUUUGGCUCCUCAGUCAACAUAACUUUCAACGGCGACACUGCAACUGCGUCAAUUGCUAACAUCACCUCGGUCUUCCACGUGCUGCCGAGCUGCGAAGGCUGUCUGGUCUUCAGCAUCAACACCACCGUCAGAGACUUCAGCAAGUUCCUUCACGUUAUGAAACUCAACAUCACUGCGGAAGCCGAGGCGUUGGACGCCCGCUCACUUUAUCUGAUGGGCAAGGAGUCGACUGUGAAGGACGCGGACCUGGAGCAUUUCAAGCAGCAGGCGAGCUGCCUCGGCUUCUCCAGAGAACCAGACUUCCACCACAACCCAGAGAAAGAAUUCUGUGAAGAAGGCGAGGGUGUCAGCCUAAAGUUUAGGUGAAGUAAAAACCGACUGUCGUCAGAGGCAUAUAUUUCAAACUGAAACCGAGAAAGUAAAGAGACAAAAAGUGACUCUAAACAUCAAACUUGUGGUCUGUGUGUUUUUUUAUUAUUUGGGGGACACUUCAUUCAGAAUCUUCCUGUUUUUAAGUUUCCCUCAGUAUCACAGUG